CGCCAUCAUUAUGCUAGGCUUUAAGUUAAUUGUGUUUGCACUAGUAAUAUCGGGUGGUGUAUUAGGCCGUGACACUCGCAGAGGAAACACAAGCCCCAAGCAAGCUGAAGAUGAAUACAAGUAUAAUCACCCACCGACCCCGGAAGAAGCGAUACCAGUAGCAGUGGUGCAUGAACAUGAAAGCAACCGCGAAGACAAAUCAAUUAAAGGUAAUGUUACACCGGAACACAGUACUGACGAAGUAAGUAAAGAGCCACUUAAACCUGAAUCUGGUGUAAAACAAGAAUCCAGUACUAAUGUGACAAUCAAUAAUGAUGAAUUUGAGAUUAAGAAAACAACUAACUCUGAGGAAAACGAACUUAAAGUAACUACGUUUAGACCUCAGAAAGACCAGGAAAUACCUGUGGAUGUUGUUUAUGAACCAGAACCGACACUGCAAAAACCUACUAGAAAUAGAGCUACGAACAAAAGAAGAAGGACCCAAGCGCCUGCCUUAGAAGAAAAACAUACAGAUGAAGAAGACAACAUUAGUUUUAGUCCGCAGGUGAACGGACAUACUGGCCCUUUAAUUCCAUCUUCAAACAAAAAUGAAGACUUAGGAAAGGGGCGAAACAACCGUCGGCCUAUUCCAGAAAAGCAAAUUGUCGAAGACAAUACACCCUCUAGUAUCCCGGGGAAUACGUUCACACUGUCAAAGCAUCUGUCGGUCAAUACAGAAGAGCCAAAUAAAAUUCACAAACCUACUGAUGAAGAAGCUAAAGUUCCUCUUGGAAAUAAAAUCUCCCCCAAUCCAACAGUGAACGAACAAGAACAUUUAAGUACAAGAAAAAACAUUCAACCUGUUAAAGCCGAUAUAAAGAAAAAUAAUGUUGACAAAAAACCUCCUAUUUUACUAGAAAACGAAAACACUUCCGUUCUUAAAGCCAAUAAAUCAGGACAAUCGAAUACUGACAAUGUGCAACAACUUAAGCGUGACAACUCAACUCGAGUUCGCGAAGUAGUUCCAAUUGUUCAGUCAGAGAAUGUUGUAUUUUCACAUUCUGGCAAUUUCAAAUACAGUUAUGAAGGAGGCGAUGGAACAAAAGCGUUCGAAAUGGGAGAACUCAAAACCUUUGAUGAUGAGACCGCUGGAGAAGCUGUCAGCGGUGGUUUUUCCUAUACGGCUAAAGAUGGUAACGAGUACAGUCUGUCUUACACAGCUGAUGAGAAUGGCUACCGCCCGGUGGGCGCGCACCUGCCUACACCGCCACCCAUCCCGCCCGCCAUAGCACGUGCACUUGCCUACCUAGCUACUAAGACAACUCCUGAACCGGUCACCGAAUCUUUAGCAGAACACGACCAGUAA